AUGAAAAGAUAUGGUCAUCUUCUUCUUCUCCACCGUUGCACAAUAUUUAGCUUCUUCUACUUUCUCAUCCAAUGGACAUUUCUCCAUUCCAUUGCCAUAGAAACUCUCACUUACAAGCAAAUCAACCCCAGCUGUGGCACCACCAAAUACGUAGACAACAGCCCUUUCUCCACCAACCUCAACUCCCUCUUAUCCAUCCUCAAAGGCAAAUCCUCAUCGUCCAUUUCCAUCAAUGAAACAGAUGGCGAGGCUCCGGCCACCGUCUUCGGUCUCUAUUUCUGCACUGGUGACCUCCCACAAGCCCAAUGCCAAGACUGCAUUCAAACUGCCAUUAAUGACAUCACUGUUAACUGCCCAAGCUCAAAACAAGCCAUCAUAUGGUAUGAUUACUGUGAGCUACGUUACUCUGAUACCAACUUCUUUGGAGACCCAGACACUAAUGGCUUCUGGAUGAUCAAUAAUAAAGAGAACACCACUUCAAAAAGGCCAGUGCAAGUGGUGUCCCAGUUAGUACGGGAGGCUCCAACUGCCACUCAUAUGUUCAAAUCCCAAGCUUUAAUAAAUGAAAGCUUGUAUGCUCUUGCACAGUGUUCUUCAGAUUUAACCACUAAAGAAUGCAGUAACUGCUUGACUACCAUAUUGGCAAACAUCACGGCUUGUUGCACUAGUGCUAAUGGAUGGAGAUAUUUGGCUCCUAGCUGUUGGAUAAGGUAUGAAGCCACACCUUUUCUUCAGAAUCUCGGUGGAACCAGUACAUCCAUCUCUAGAAGCGAUUGUUCAAGCGAUGACUUCCUAGCUUCUAAUGGCCUGAAUGCCACAGCACAGCUUGAAAGCAUCCUGUCAAACUUAACCAAACAAGCUCCAGCAUUUAAUGGCUUCUACAAGACAAGUGAAGGAGAGGACAUGAACAAGAUCUAUGGCUUAGCACUCUGCAGAGGAGAUAUACAAAACAAAACCGAUGAUUGUCAGAGCUGCCUGCAGGAUGCAAGUAAAGGCAUAGUAGAAGCCUGUCCAAACAAAGCACAAGCCAUUGAAUGGUAUGAGAAAUGCUUUGUUAGGUACUCGAACCAGAACUUCUUUGGGAAGGUGGACACUGAUAGUGUUCAGCGGCUAUGUGGCGUGAACCAACUAUCGCCUGAGGCGAACAUUGCUACGGUGAAUCUGGCGCUGGGAUUGAUCAAUGACACAGUCAAUAAUCAGAUGUUUGUGGGUGCUGGAGAAGAGGAGAUCAGUAACUCAUUGAAAGGCUAUGUUCUCUUGCAGUGCACUAGAGAUCUUAGUAAGGAGGGAUGCACGCAAUGCUUGCAGAGAGGGGUGAGCCAGGUGUCCAUGGACUGCAACAAAACCAAUGGGUGGCGCUAUCUCUCAGGUAGUUGUACCUUGAGGUUUGAGGUCAAUCCUUUCUUUGAUACUGCCUUGAUAUCGACUUUAUCCCCCCCAGUGUCUCCUGAACCAAACAAUGGUGGCGAAGGAAAGAAGAAGUCAAAAACUGUUAAUAUUGCUGCCAUUGCUGCCCCUGUUUCGGGACUCAUCCUUUUGGGUUCUUGUAUCCUCUAUAUAUGGUGGAGGUUGAGGCGCAGAAAUGAAAGAAGAAGAAAGCAAUUUGAAGAUUACAGGCCAGUCACUAAUAAUGAUUUGCCAUUCAUGGAUCUUGCUACAAUACAAGCAGCAACUGGUAACUUUGCUGUUGAAAAUAAGCUUGGAGAAGGGGGAUUCGGUUCUGUUUAUAAAGGUGUUCUGAAUAAUGGAACAGAGGUUGCAGUUAAGAGGCUUUCAGCAAAAUCUAAGCAAGGUGCCAUUGAAUUUGAAAAUGAGGUGAAGUUGAUUGCCAAACUCCAGCAUAGAAAUCUUGUGAAAAUGCUUGGUUGGUGUGCUGAGAGAGAAGAGAAGCUCCUCAUCUAUGAAUAUCUGCCAAACAAGAGCCUUGAUGCUCUUCUCUUUGAUUCAGAAAAGCGAGUACAACUAGAUUGGAAUAAACGGCUUCAAAUCAUCGGAGGAAUUGCGAGAGGCCUUCUCUACCUUCAUGAAGACUCACUGCUCAAAGUCAUCCACAGGGACCUUAAAGCCAGUAAUGUUUUACUAGACAACAAAAUGACACCCAAGAUAUCAGACUUUGGCAUGGCUAGGAUUUUCGGAGGAGAUGAAAGUGAAGCUAAUACAAACAGAGUCGUUGGAACUUAUGGAUACAUGGCUCCAGAGUAUGCAAUGGGAGGCUUAUUCUCUGCAAAGUCUGAUGUUUAUAGCUUUGGGGUUCUCAUACUUGAAAUAGUAACUGGACAAAGGAAUGGAAGAGAACACUUUGAAGAACAUGGCCAGACUCUUAUCCGAAAUAUGUGGCAUUUGUGGGUUGAAGGAAGAGCAGUGAAGUUGAUGGAUCCUUUGCUUGAAGGUUCAUAUCCAAUUAAUGAAGCAAUGAAAUGCAUCAAAAUAGGUUUGUUGUGCGUGCAGGAAAAUACAGAAGUGAGACCUACAAUGUCUCUUGUUGUUCAUAUGCUGAGGAGUGUAGAUGAAACAGUGUUUCCAGAGCCCAGCCAGCCUCCAACUUUUAUGAGACAGAGAAGUUCUGUGUCAAAUGGAUCAUCCUCAAGCAUUGGGUCUCAUGCAACCCUCGUUCAUUCUAUCAAUGAUGUUACCAAUUCUGAUGUCCAGGCUAGAUAGUUUGAUAGUGUAAUAAUGUACUUGAUUAUUUAAUCAUGCAAGAAAUUAGAUCCUUGAUCA